AUGUCAUCAUCGCUCGUAGUGAGGUAUCAAGAGCAGAGAUACUACACUGACACAGCACGCGAUUACCGUGAUGAACAGCAGCUCAAUGCCCUCCGCAUCUCCUUCAGCGAGCUCCAAAAUAUAGUGAAGGCUAGCCUGUCUAUGCAGAAAGCUGUCGAAAAACUGCUCGAGGCACCGAGUGAUUCAGAUUUUGGUCAAGACCAUGUGCAAGCAGCAUUUUCCACCCUAAACCAAGCAACAACCAAGAUCGUCCCAUUAGUACAAAACCUAUGGACGCAAGUUCCAGCGCAUAACAUACCCUCCAAUCGCUCAGCGAGUAAAGCAGAGGAAGUUUUCAACACCACCGAACUCCUCGAGCAGAUCCUCCUCUACCUUCGCCCUGCUGAUCUCCUGCGGGCACAGCAGGUCAAUACAACUUUUUACGACACUAUCAAUGAGUCCUUACCUCUUGCCGAGAUCUUAGGUCUAGCCGCCGACGAUGGUUCCUUCUUCUACUCGCCAUUCCUCCAAGAUCACGAUGGCUCCAACCGCUUCCCUGGCAUCAAAGCUUACGUUCGUGAUAAUUGGUCUCCACACGAUCACUCCGCAUCUGAUGGCCUCUGCACCGUCACAAAUGACUACGAAAUCGAACUACAACUCGAACUUGACAAGCUGUGGGACAUCGGCGGCCGCUGCGCCGCCAUGCUGAUCUGCAGUCCACCCGUGACAUGCUUCAAUGUUGAGAUGUGGCAGAAAGGCACACAAAACUACCGCAAGGUAGUGGGUGGUGUCUACACUGUACUGCUCGGCACUCCGACCGGACUUGGGGACGUGGUGCGUAAUGUCUGUCAAUUUCUGGUAGACAAAGAGUUGGUUCCUUGGGCCCAGAGCAUAGACCAUCGGACCGUAGGUGUCGCUGUAAUUGCUAGGCCUACGCUGAGAGAUGAUGAUCCGAUUGUGUUGAAGAGACAUGAAGAGAGGAGGGCACUUGAGGAACGCCUCGAGAAGAGGAGGGCCGAAGCAGAAGAUAGAGCCUUGGCAAAUGCAAAGGCGCAGGCGGAGAGGGAGGAAAUGGUAGAUCGAGCGGCAGAUGGGGCGACCGAUGUAUGA